AUGACCCAAAGCUUUGGACUCACGCUUCUUCAUCGACAUUUCAACCUCAAAGAACAUGAGAUCUUGGUUGAAACUAACGGCCCUUCAACGCCCGGAGGCUUGCAGGACAUAAGUAUCAUCCCUGGGCGGAUCGGGAAAUAUGGCGGUUCGAUCAAGCCCUUCUCUUGGAUUGUUGUGAAUGGCCGUCUGGUUCCUUACGAGUACUACUUUGAUCGCUCGCCCGCCACCAAGUCCUCCCCGGAGCUUGGGACGGCCUUCGUUGAAGACCUAAGUGCGAUUCUCGAAACUCAUAAGCUUCAAAUGAUCUUAAAUUCCAUCUAUUGGGAGAUGUCAGCCAACGCCAGCUAG